UCGAAGAUGAACUGGGGGACCUUUUAUGCCGUGAUCAGCGGUAUAAACAGGCACUCCACCGGCAUCGGACGUGUCUGGCUGUCGGUCAUCUUCAUCUUUCGCAUCCUGGUGCUGGUGGUUGCCGCCGAAAGCGUUUGGGGGGAUGAAAAGUCCAGCUUCACCUGCAACACCCAGCAGCCCGGCUGCAACAGUGUCUGCUACGACCAGUUCUUCCCCAUCUCGCACAUCCGGCUGUGGGCUCUCCAGGUCAUCCUGGUGUCCACCCCUGCGCUGCUGGUGGCCAUGCACGUAGCCCACCGACGGCACAUGGACAAGAAGAGCUUGAAGAGGACAGGCCGCAGCAGCCCCAAGGAGCUGGAGCGCAUCAAGAACCAGAAGUUUGAGAUAACGGGAGCUCUGUGGUGGACUUACAUGAUAAGCAUCAUCUUCAGAAUCAUCUUUGAGGUGGCUUUCCUCUACAUCUUCUACCUGAUCUACCCUUACUUUAAGAUGGUACGUUUGGUCAAAUGUGACUCAUACCCUUGCCCCAACACCGUGGACUGUUUCAUCUCCAGACCGACAGAAAAGACCGUGUUUACCGUGUUCAUGCUGACCGUAUCUGGGGUGUGCGUGCUGCUUAACGUGGCCGAGGUGGCGUACCUGGUAGGCAAGGCCUGCAAGCGGUGCGCGGGUCGCUCUGAAGAUGAGUCUAAAGCCGCCUGGAUAAGUCAAAAGUUGUCGUCUUAUAGGCAAAACGAAAUCAAUCAGCUGAUAGCGGAUCAUUCUUUCAAGUCAAAGUUUGCUGUGACCAAGAAAAGCCCAACAGAGAAGGUUGAGAGUUGUUCUGCUUUUUGAGGCAUCCAGAAACUAAUACAGUAAUCGACACGCUGCAUUAAUGAAACUUUUCUGUAUAUUUGAUCUUUGUCCAUAUUUUGACCCUUUAUUUAUAUCAUGAAAUAAGUGCAUUAAUGAUUCUUGUACUGACACAAAGAGAAGCUGCUUUUCUUGCCUAAAUUAUUCRAAGCCUGUAAAGAAAGUUUGGACAUUUUCCCAUAUGUUGCUCAUUUUCCACAAAUCCAACAUAUCUGAUGGUGCUGCUGCACAACUGUGCUUACUUUGCAUUGAUUAUUAUUUAAGCCUUUGGUGUUUCCGUUUAUUUUUGCACACUAUAAGAACCACGUUGACAAGCUGAGAACUGAUCGAAUUAAACAAACCGUGACUUGGAGCAGGAUGCCUUCAUUUGUUUUGUUCAGUGAUGCAUAUUUGUUGUAUGACAAACACUUUUAAGGAGAGCUGUUUUCUUCGUUUCUCGCAGGUGCGUCAAGACCCAUAAUUGCCRCCAGCAUUUGUGCAUAAUGUGUGAAAUUAAAAAUCAAAUGAAAUCCAGAACACAGGAAAAAACGCACARAGUGUUGUGAAGUCUGCUUAGUAAAAGUUGCACUCUUUGCAUCAAUAUGUAUUUAUUCUCAUCCUUUUCUUCUUAAUGGGGAAACAGCUUAGUGGUCAGCACUGUUGGCCCACAGCAAGAAAAUCCUGGGUUCAAACCUYGGUUUGGAGCUAGGGUCUUUCUGUUUGGCUUGUGUGUGCUUCUCCAGGUACUCUGGUUUUCUCCCACAGACAAAAACCAGCUGUGUUAGGCUGUGUUCAGGUCCAGGCCUUCCUUGAAAAACAGAUCUAGAUAUCUGUGAUCUAAAGGGAAUUUGCUUGGUUAAAUAAAGGUGAAUGAG